GGUCGUUAGCACUUUAUAGUCAGCCAACAGUCAGUUACUAUCGAUCCCCGUUCGCAAACACGCAUCGCGUUUGAACAACGUUUCAAAUACGUAUUGUUUAAUAUUAAAGUGAGAUAUAGAAAAAUAUAUAUUAUAUUAUAUUUGUUGCUUAGUGUUAAUUGAAGUUAUUUUUUUUUUUGGAUGUUGAGCGUUGAAGUUUGUUUUCUGAAGACUUUUUUUUCUAAAGUUCCCAACUCACACUGCCAAAUAAAUCGGUAAAUAAUCAUCAGCCCCAAGACGUCCACUGCUGAAUACAGCCUUUACGACGUACAACAAUCCACCAUCUUGAAUCAACGGGACAAUAAAGUAUUGGUGUUGGUGAAAAACAGGAUUGUAUUGUGUUGUAUUUUGUUGGGGGACAAACUUGUAUUGUAUUGUGUUGGUAAAAAAAGUGUAUUGUAUUGGUGAUAAUUAGGAAAAAAGGUGUGAAAAAUGAAGUCGUUUUUAAUAUUUUGUGUGUUUAUAUUAACAUUGAGUUCAGUGUUAAGUUCUACUUAUUUCUUUGGUGAACAAACUAAGAAAACUAGGAUAAUAUAUCAGGACAAAGUGCGGUACGAAGCUAUACCUUUGAAGAAACGUGUCAAGACCUAUACGUAUAAUGGGACGGUGCCUAUCAAGGCGAUAAGCUGCUACGACUUCCAAAACAGUGAAGCCUCAGUGAACAUCACAGCCGGGGGCAUUGGGUACAAAUACGUUGAGUUGCGGUUAAAGAGCCAACGGAGUUACAGAUUAGACUACGCUAUUGAAAUAUAUGCGUAGACAUUAAAAACAAUUACCACCCCUAUUCGCCCCGAGGGUGUCAUAUAUCCUGAUUAAUAACAUUGGUACACACAUGUUGAUAUAUUAAAUACUAGCUUCUGAAAGCAACUUCGCCCGCGUCCCCGUGUAAUGAAAAGACUAUGUGUUAUUCCAGACUAUAAGCUACCCCUGUUACAAAUUUCAUCCCGAUCCCUACAGCCGUUUUAAUGUGAUUGAAUAACAAACAUAGACACAAACACACCACCUCAUUUAUGCCGAGUGGUGGCAUCGGAGUAGAAUAGGUACAGUAAAGUUCCCACCGCUACUCUUUCCGUUUCACAACCUAAGGGAGUACAAGCUUAAACAACAGCAUUUUAGAACUGAGUAUAAUACAUUCCAUCACCAGCCUCCUCUUUCCACGGGUAUCAUAUACGCGACUAAGGCCAGCCGUACACGGACGGCUUCAAGCAGUUAUAACCGACUGCUUGAAGCCGCGACUGCACGAUGAACUAUAGCCAUUCAUUCGCUGCCGUACACACGACUGCUCGAGCAGUCGCGACCGCUUCAAGCCGUCAACUGCACGAUGAAAUUCCAUCGUGCCGUCGACCGCUCGCGAGCAGUUGCAAGGCAUACACGGACUGCUCGAGCCGUUGACUGCUCUAGAGCAGUCGACAGCUCUCCGACUUCCCUCCCCCGCCCUUUGCGGCCUCGCGGCGUCUGCUGAAAAAAUCAAAAGAACAUCAACUGCUCGAGCAGUUGAGUACACGCUACCCAACUGCUCGAGCAGUCAACAACCGACGGCUCGAGCAGUCGACGCCGACCGCUCGAGCCGUCCGUGUAUGUCGCUCAGCCGCUAACUGCUCGAGCAGUCCGUGUACGGCCGCUCUUAGGGUCUUCAUCUACUACAUAUAUUUGACAGAGACCGUGCAGCAGCGUUCUCUGAUGAACCUAAUCCUUUUAAACUGCGAUCUUCAACCCGCUUGUCAAGCGUGAAGAUUAUGUCAAACCUCUUAUUUGAAGACUACUUUUAAGUGUAAAUACGUACGGAGUUUAUAAUUAAUGAUUGUAAAUAGUAAUUUAAUAUUGUACAUAGAUAAUUUUUAUAAAUAAAUGCAUUUAAUAUUUU